CAAGUAUUUUAUAUGCGAUGAAGAUCUUUUUCAGAUAUUAAAUGAUGCUCACAUUACAACCGGACAUGGUGGGCGAGAUCGCAUGGUGAAACAUUUAAAAACAAAAUACAAGAAUAUAACCUACAAGGAUAUAUCAAUCUUUCUAAGUCUCUGCGAGCCUUGCCUACAGAAACAAAAAAGCCUAAAGAAAGGUAUUGUAGUUAAGCCGUUGCUUUUUAAAGAGUUGAAUCAUAGAUGCCAAGUUGAUUUAAUCGAUUUCCAAUCGCAGCCAGACGGCGAGUAUAAAUUUAUAUUAGUGUACCAAGAUCAUCUCACAAAGUUUGUUGUUCUCAGAGCACUAAAGUCUAAAACAGCUGAUGAGGUUUGUGAAAAUAUAAUAGAUAUUUUUACUUUGCUAGGCGCCCCAACAGUAUUGCAGUCAGAUAAUGGACGGGAAUUUGUGAAUAAAAUUAUUAAUGGAUUAGUUGAUUUUUGGCCUAAUUUUAAAAUUGUCCAUGGGAAACCAAGACAUAGCCAAAGUCAGGGCAGUGUCGAAAGGGCUAACCAGGAUGUGGAAAAUAUGCUUACCAUAUGGAUGCAUGACCACAAAUCUUCUAAUUGGAGCUACGGUCUGAAGUUUAUUCAGUUGAUGAAAAAUAGUGCUUUACACAGCGGCAUAAAAAGAACACCGUAUGAAGCCAUGUUUGGAUGUCCACCUAAGCACGGAUUAGCUACUUCCAGUAUCCCUACUGAAGCUUUAACAAAUGUAGAGUCUGAAGAAGAUCUUGAAGCCGUUAUUAGGGACAUUACUGUUAGUGGUGAGCACGAUACAGGUGAAAAUAUACAGGAAACCUCCAGUACACUUGAAAAUGAGGGUGAUUUGAGUGUUACACAGAACAGCGAAGACCAACACUUAGAAGGUACUAGUUACCUUUUAACUGACCUGGACAAAUCAACUAUGGACAUUAAAAGACAACGAGAUGAAGCAUUCAAAUGCCUAACAGACCAAGCAAAACGUAUGAAAAGUACAUCUGACCAUAAACUACAACCUGUUGACAAAGGUUGCACUGUGAGAGUUCCUGUUCCUGAUGUGGACCGAGGCCGAGGGGAUGCACGGUCAAUUCUUGGCGUUGUGUUGGAUGUAGUGGAUAAUGGAUUUUACCGCAUAGGAACCAGAGAUGGUGUUCUGAAACAGCUGUAUGCUCGAUCCCAGUUUAAUACUUGUCCAGUAAACAUUAUAAAAGAAGAUGAAAUUCCAAUGGAAAAGACACUUACUUUACGAACAGUUGCUACUACUCAGUCAACCGGAAGUGGGCAAGGAUUUUUUAAGUGCAGUUGUAACAAGAAGUGCCAAACAAAGAAGUGUUACUGCAUAAAAAACAAUGUUUUAUGCAAUUCCAAAUGCCAUAAAGCAUUAUCAUGUUGCAACAAAUAAUUUUAUUAUUGUUGACUAUAGUAUUUUCGUCUCUAUUAUAGUCUUUAAAUUGUAGACUAUAGUUUCACGUUUUAUUUUGUUCUUAUUUGUUCAUCUUUCAAAUUCUAAAUUUACUUUUGUUAUAAAAGUAUACGUGAUUUAAGAUUAGUCUUUUAUUUCUCUCUAACUUUCCCUAGACUGUUGUAGAGGAGGUUGUCAUUCACUAUAGGAAUUGUCAACCUUCACUAGUGGAUGUUGAUCUUGUUUGUACGUCUGUGUAACUUUCCCUAGACUGCUGUAGGGGAGGUUGACGUUCACUAAGAAUGGUCAACCUUCACUAGUGAAAGUUGAUCUUGUUAUUUCAGAAUUCAACUUUCACUAAGAUGCCCAGCGAGAGUCGACCGUGACUAGUAAAGGUUAACCUUCCCUGAAACGUCAACUUUCACUGUAAC